GCUGAAGUGAAUUUCUCAGGUAGCAAAUUUUGAGUAUGUCGAUGAAGCUGAAGUGGCAGCAGAAGAGGAAGCAUCCAUUGCACCAACGGAAAGUAAAGUCUCAACAAACAGUUCUGAGAGAGCAAGCUACUGGGAGGAAUUGUUACGAGACAAAUAUGAAGUGCAGAAAGUUGAGGAAUUUAAUGCUAUGGGCAAGGGAAAGAGAAGCCGUAAACAGAUGGUAUCUGUUGAAGAAGAUGACCUUGCUGGUAUGGAAGAUGCAAGUUCUGAUGCGGAAGAUGAUAACUAUGAAGCUGAGUUGACUGAUGGCGAGACAGCUUCAAUUGGAACUGCAGCUGUGAGAAAACCUUACAGAAAGAGAUUCCGUGCGGACACUUGUGAACCACUUCCUUUGAUGGAAGGUGAAGGGAAAUCCUUCAGAGUACUUGGGUUUAAUCAAAAUCAAAGGGCUACAUUUGUCCAAAAUAUGAUGAGGUUUGGGGUUGGGGAAUAUGACUGGGCAGAGUUCGUACCGCGUCUAAAGCAGAAGAGUCACGAAGAGAUCAGAGAUUAUGGGAGGCUUUUCUUGUCACACAUAGCUGAAGACAUAACUGACUCACCAACAUUCUCAGAUGGUGUUCCCAAAGAGGGACUGAGAAUACAGGAUGUACUUGUUAGGAUAGCAAUCUUAAUGCUUAUCAGGGACAAAGUGAAGUCUUCACAAGAGGGAGGUUCGGCCCUUUUUGCAGAUGACCUUGUAUCUCGUUUCCCUGGAAUAAAAAUUGGAAAACUUUGGAAGGAGGAGCAUGACCAGAUUCUACUUAGAGCAGUAUUGAAACAUGGUUAUGGAAGAUGGCAAGCAAUUGUCGAUGACAAGGAAUUGAGAAUCCAGGAAGUGAUUUGUCAAGUACUGAAUCUUCCCUUCAUAAACUUACCUGCCCCUGGGGAUCUUCAAUCCCAAAUUUAUGCCUCAGGAGCUCCACAAAUGCAAUCUUCUUCAGUGACUCCUCAAACGCAGUCAGGAGUUUCUCAAGCACAAGAUCCUUCUCCAGAUAUCUUUCAAGCUCAAAAUGGUAUGAACAAGGCUGAAACUGGAACAUCUGGAAAUCAGGUGAAAGGAACCAAUGUUGAGAACGACCGGGGGCCAGAUGUUGCACAGGGAAUAACUAAUUCUGCAACCCAAUCACAAUCCGUCCAAGAUCAUUCUGUACUUUACAGUUUCAGAGAGAUGCAGAGAAGACAGGUUGAGUUUAUUAAGAAAAGGGUGCUGCUUUUGGAGAAAGUACUUAAUGCAGAAUACCAGAAAGAAUAUUUUGGUGAUGGAAUACCAAACGAGAUGCCAAAUGAUGAGACUGGACGCAAUGUUACACAUGCAACAAAUCCUGGUUUUGUGGAAUCAGAUGACCAAAUGAUUGACCAUUUGCCUCGAGCUGAAAUUAUUUUUCCUGAGGAAGUGUCGAAUGUUACUUGUGACAGCAAAUCAGACCGCUUCGGUAUGGUUCGGCUCUACAAUGAGAUGUGCAAAUUACUUACAGAAAAUGCCCAAGAUUCAGUUGCAGCUCAUAUAGCUAACAAUCCGGCUAGCUUGAAUUUGAGAAGAAAUCUUGCUCCACUGGAAGCGUUUAAUCAAGAGAUAAACCAUAUACUUUCACCAGCAUCCAGAGGAGAUGAGAAGGCGAAUGUUGAAAAACCAAGUUCCUCGUGUAUUCCCCGAGCAGAUGAUUUUGUUCAUGGAGUCGCGGCAGAUACUGGGAUGAAGUUAUCAGCUAUGGAUAUAGACCUUCCAACACAGGGUAAUCUGACAGAAUUGGCUUGUGAUGUUCAUAAUGCAGAACCAUCUACGGCUGAGAUUGAAUGUCCUUUGGAUUUAUCAAGUGGAAUUGCAGAUGUAGAAAUGGAGGCAAAGGACGACGAUAAUUGUAAUCUUAAGAUCAAUGUUGGGAUCGAUGGAAGCACAUAGAAAGUCAAAUUGUUUUGGAUGAUUCAAUCAUAUACAGAAUUGCUGAGAUACAUCCUAAGCAUGGAGAAUGAAGGGUAAUAGAACAAUAUAGUAAUUAAUAAUUACUGCAACUUAGAGAUUAUAGAAGAGUGUAGAUGACUUGGCAGAUUCCUGGUUAUUUAGUGUGUGAAUUGCAUUGUUAAAUUAAAAACUGGCUCUUUUUCCCCCCGAAAAAAAUGUUAUUAAUUGUUUUGUUUCCCAGUUUCUUCGGUU